AACAAAAUUAAUAAAAAGUUAACAAUUUGAUAAAAUAAAAUGAAAAGAUAAAAAGUAGAUUUUAUCUCCAAUCUGUCUCCUCCGGUUCAUCUUUUUCUCCGAAGGAAUUGAAGAAACUUCGCGGCGCUAUCGCAUCUCGACGACAAGUUUCUUCUUCCUCCACCAUCCUCCUCCUCAUUCGAUUGCACUACCGCUCGAUCUCCUCUUCUUGGGCCCGGCGGCGGGCCUCUUGUUGCUGAUACUGGUUCCUCUUGACCCCGAAAGAGAUUGUCGUACAGCUCGCGAGAUCCGUCAGCCUAAGAAAAUCGAAGAUGCUCGGGCCUCUGUUUCGCAUACGGAUGUCGGGGUUAUUGCUGAGGGAGACGGAAACCGAAGAAGGAUGCACCGGAUUCUUUAGAAAGUCGUCGUCUUGUCCUCUCCGACCACUUAUCUUCCUUCCUCAUGCGAGGAGUUAUGGCGCCGAUUGGAUCUGGGAGAUGGGUUACCCGACGGCGAUGUUUAGCCUGAAGUCGAAAUCCGUUCCACGAUUCCGCCGCCGAAGGAGGAGCAUGAGUGAGGAGAAAGGGAGAAGAUAACUAUUUUUAUUUAAUAAUUAUAUAUCUGUAAAUACUUUUGUAAUUAAUUAUUUAAUUUUAAUUAUUUACUAUUUUCUAUGAUGACAUGUACCUUUGAACGUUUAGUCAACGGUGUUGACCGUCCAAUUGAGUCUAUAUGCUGCAAAGUUCGGGCAAGGAUGUUAAUUUCUCAAAGGCUUAAUACACUUGCAUAGCCAUAAUUAUCCACUUUAUGACAAUAAUAG